AUGUUGAAGGAGGAAGAAAGUCAAGAACAGAGCAAUGAGAUAAAGGAAAACAUGGCAUCCAGAACAGAAUACUAUCUUGAAUCACUCAUAACUGAUGCUUUUAAGGGAAAGGGAUUUCAGAAAAUAAAUGAACUGUUUGAAGAAAAAGAAAUUUACCCUCCUCAAAAAUACAGCAAACAAUUCUUUAACCAACUUGACAAAGUGUUGAAAAAGGAGUUGGACAAGAAUGAAUUCCAAAAUGUUUCCUUGUUGUUGAAAUGCAUUCAGAUGUACUUUAAAAGUGAUCCUCAAGAAGGGGCAAGCUUGCUUAUUCAGCAAGGGCUGAUACCAAAGAUGGUAUCUUGGUUUGAAAGAGCAAGAGAAUUUUUGAUCCUCAUAGAGCCAGCACAGAAUAAAUCUCUGCUGAGACUUGUGGAAGAUUUCUUUGACUCUGCGUUGGUCAUUUGCAAAUGCAACAGUGAAGGAAAGAAACAGUUGCUGGAUUCAUUCUUACCUGACCUAGGACAACUAGUGACUGAAACAAAGGUUGGCUGUGCACUUCGGCAGGAGGCUUUGAGGACUCUGAACUCCAUGCUGGACAGUGUACCACGGGAAGAGAGAAGAAAAUUUCCUAUGUCUGAAGAAAUGUGUUCGCUUACGAAAGAUCUGGCAAAAACAAUUCUGGAGGUUGGUGAUUAUGACCUUCAGGUUGCUCUUUCGGAAGCACUGUGUAGGCUGAUAACAAAAAAAUGGAGGGAUGACCUUGUUCACAACUGGUUUGAAGAUGAUUAUCUUGCUGAAGCUUUCAAAGAGAUAAAGGAUAGAGAAUUUGAGACGGACUGCAGAAAAUUUCUCAAUCAACUAAAUGACAGACUUGGGGAUAAAAAAAGAGUUUAUUCAUUUCCCUGCAUAUCUGCUUUUGCCGACAUGGAGGAGGUGAAGAAGCCAUCAGAUGAGAAACUGGAGGAGUUUUGGAUUGACUUCAAUGUUGGAAGUCAAAGUGUGUCUUUCUACAUAGACAGCGCUGAGGGUGCUCUUUGGGACUCAGUGAGGCUGCCAAGGGAAGUGGUCAGUAGUUACAGUCUGAGAGAGGAUAAUGGAGAAGAGAUAGUUAAAAUUUACAUGAAGAACCCUACUAUGAUCAAUGGCAAAGAAGUAACAAAAAUCAAAAUUCACUUCAGUGCCAAAUUUGAUAUUUUAAAUACACUCAACGAAGUUCUGGGAAAAGACAAAAUGAUGGCAAUAAUAACUAAUGAAUCCAGCUACUUACAGUGGAAGAAAGAUUCUACAAACAUUGAAAAAACAGACUCUUUAUCUGACAUCCUGACAUCUCAAUAUAGUGAUCAAUCACAUAAAACUAGUUCUGGUAUCACUACGAGCAUGGGAAGCCAACAGACUGAAACCGAAGAUGCUAAGCUAAGCCAAGAGUGUGAAGCUGCAGUUUCCCAAACUCUUUCAGCAAAAAAGUCUAAAACUCCAUCACCUAAACUGAAUGAUAAAACCAGUGAACCAUCCAUAGAAGAACAGCCAGAUAUACAGUUUGUAGAAGAACAUUCCCCAGAGAUUGAUGAAUGGGAGAAGAAAAAUAGAAGAACAAGCUUAGGCAGAGAAAUAAUAGAAGCAAAGAUGAAUUCCUAUGACUUUGAAAAUUCAUCUGACUCUCUGCAUUAUGAGAAGGUUUCUGAAGCAAAACAAAAAAUUCUUGGCCAGAGGGUUUCUUUACAAAACCAGAGGAAACAUCUUUUCUCCGAAAGUAAUCGUGACACUGCAAGCAAUAGUCACAGUGAAAAGAGCUGGAUCCUUGAUUCUCAGAAAAAAUCACUACCAAAAACCCUAGAUUAUACCCGAAGAAGGCCCAGGGUCAGGAGUAAAUUAAAAGUGUUGCCGUUAUCAUCUGCAAGUAGUGGCAGUGAUUACCACACAAAGAAAGUUGCUGUUUCAAGACCAACAAUGCACAGGGACGUGCUGAAGAAGGAAAUUAAAUCCAGUGCAAUGAGGCUUGAUUUCUCUGCAGUGGAACUCCCUGAUGAUUUGGAAGCAGACGAUCUGACACUACCAUUAAGUGCAUCUUCCCAUGAGUAUUCUGAUGCUGGAGAGAAGAAGAAAUAUGCGGAGGUAUCCAGUAAAUUACCAGGAGAAGAUAAAGUCUCCAAAUUUAAACGAAAAGGUUCAGAUCUAUCGCCUGGUGGUGUCGUUAAAAAGCGUAAACUUUCAAGAUGGGAAAUGGGUCAGUCAUCUCCUGGCAUUUCCCCUGAGCCAAGAAAACUUUUUGAUUCAAUAGAGAAGAAAAAGGAGAUUCAAACAGGUGGGGAAUCGGAUGAAUCAGAUGACAUCUUUGUCUCCAAGAUACUGCAUGAGGACGUCAGUGAUUCUGGUGUCAUUGCUGCCUUUGAAAGCUUUACCAGACAACUAACGAAAACAUUCUGGUCCAGGUACAAAAGAAUGGAGAUUUGUGCAAAGAAUGCUUUGAAGACCUCUGAAAAAAGUGUGUCCGCUUUAUUAAAUCAGAUACAUCAAUGCAGACUGAAUAAAUUGGAGAACUUCCACAAGGUGGUUGUCCAAGAACUUGCCAAUCUUGAGAAGGAUGCUCAAAUUUUAUCCAUCCUUGAGAAGGACACAGUGGACUUUUGGAAUAAACAGUCCAUCAAACUGAGCUCUUUCUGUAAUCAUCAAAAGCAAAGGAUUCAGUCUAUGGAUUCAGUAUUGGAAGAAACUGCGAGGAGUUUUAAAGAUACAAUACAAAAUACAAAGUAUGAACAUCCACAGGAGCAGGUGGAAGAAAAUAGUAAGGUGUUCGUUGUUGCUUCUGAUUAA